AAACGGUUCAGUGACAGGAAGGAAGCGGAGAUCCUCCCUCGCCUUUCCUCCACCCCAACCGCGCCGCGCCCAGAUCCCGAUCCCCGCCGCGAUCCAUGGCGUCGCCGGAGCAGCACCGGCCUCGGCAGCCGGCGCCGGCGCCGCCGUUCGCCGCGCAAAACCCUGCCGCGCAAGGCCCGCCGGGCGCGGGGGCGCUCCCGGGGGCGUUCGCCAACCUCCAGAUCUCCCGCGGCGCGGCCCCGCCUCCCGGCGCGCCUCCGCGCGGGCUCACGCCGCAGCAGGCGCCACCUGCCUUCUCCGCCGCGCGCCCGGGCCCUCCUCCUCCGGCGGCCGCCGCCGCCGCCGUCCGGUCCGCCUUUCCCGGCAGCCCGCCUGCGCCUCCGUUCGUGCGGGCGCCGACGGCGUCGGCAGCGCCGUCCGCCGCGUCGCCCUUCGGCGGGCCGCCGGGGUCGAUGUCGCAGGCGCCGCCGCCGUUCGGCGGGCAUCCAGGUGCCGCGUCGCAGCAGCCCCCGCUGUUCAGCGGCCCCCCCGGGGCGGCGUCCCGGGUGCUGCCGCCGUUCGGAGGCCCUCCUUCCGCGGCGUCGCAGGCGCCUCCCCCGUUUGGGGGCCCUCCCGCUGUGGUGUCGCAGGCGUCUCCGCUGCUUGGGGGCCCUCCUGCCGCGACGUCACAAGGGCCUCCGCCAUUCGGCGGCCCCUCCUUCGUGGCAUCCCAGGUGCCGCUGUUCGGUGGCUCCCGUGGUGCGGGCUCACAGCCUCCGCUGUUCGGUGGUCCUCCUGCCGUGGCAUCACAGCCGGCGCCACCGAUGUUUGGCGGGCAGCGGCCGGCAUUCCCCGGCCAGCAUGGGCUGACGGCAGCUUCGUCGCAGCCAGUGCCACCUAGCUUUGGGCCUCCGCAGCAGCCUCCACCACCGUUUGGUGGGCAGACACAGUUCGGGGGUCCACGGUCAAGUGGGCAGCCUCCCUUUGCUGCACAAUCAGCGCCGGUGGCACAGCAGCCGUCAUUCAUGGGACCACCCAGGGCAAAUGCCCCGGCAUUUGGGCCUCCGUCAUGGCAAACUCAGGGAGCUGGGUCUGGUGCUAUGCAGCCACCUAUGGGAAUGCCAGGCAUUCCUGGGAUGCAGCCAAACACACUAGGACCCACGGGCACCCCAGCUAUACCAUAUUCUCCACAUGCUGGAACUCAGGUCUCCACCCCGUCCAAAAUCGAUCCUACGCAAAUUCCCCGGCCAAUGACUGAAGCAUCAGUCAUCAUUUAUGACACCCGUCAAGGUGGCCAAGCAACCGUUCCCCCGGCUGCAUCUAGCGAAUUUAUUGUGAAGGACACUGGGAACUGUAGCCCUCGUUUAAUGCGGUGCACUGUGAAUCAGAUACCUUGUACUGGUGAUCUCUUGACAACGUCAGGCAUGCCUUUAGCUCUGAUGGUUCAACCUUUUGCCCUUCCUCACCCAUCUGAGGAACCUAUUCAGCUUGUGGACUUUGGAGAGAUGGGACCCAUUCGGUGUUCUCGUUGCAAAGCGUACAUAAAUCCUUUCAUGAGAUUUGUUGAUCAAGGGAGGCAUUUCGUCUGUAAUUUAUGUGGAUUCAGGAAUGAUACUCCUAGGGACUACAUGUGCAACUUAGGGCCUGAUGGUAGGCGACGUGAUGCUGAUGACAGGCCUGAGUUAUGUAGAGGAACAGUUGAAUUUGUUGCUACAAAGGAAUUUCUGGUUCGUGAUCCAAUGCCUGCUGUAUACUUCUUCCUUAUUGAUGUCUCCAUGAAUGCUAUACAAACUGGUGCAACUGCUGCAGCUUGCAGUGCUAUUGCCCAGGCUAUUUCAGAUCUGCCGGAAGGUCCUCGGACAAUGGUUGGAAUUGCCACGUUUGAUUCUGUUAUUCACUUCUACAGUCUUAAACGUGCUCAGCAGCAGCCUUUGAUGCUCAUCGUUCCUGAUGUUCAUGAUGUAUAUACACCUCUUCAGACAGAUCUUAUUCUCCCAGUUUCUGAGUGCCAGGAAAAUCUGGAGCAGUUGCUAGAAAGCAUCCCGAACAUGUUUGAGAACAAUAGGGUUGCUGAUUCUGCUUUCGGAGCAGCUAUGAAGGCUGGCUUCCUGGCAAUUAAAUCUACUGGUGGAAAACUUCUUGUUUUCCAAUCAGUGCUGCCAUCGCUUGGUGUUGGUUCUUUAUCUGCUAGGGAAGCUGAAGGUAGAGCAAACGUUACAACUGGUGACAAGGAAGCCCAUAAACUGUUGCAGCCUGUUGAUAAUACUCUCAAGACAAUGGCACUAGAAUUUGCUGAAUAUCAGGUCUGUGUGGAUGUAUUCCUCACCACACAAUCCUAUGUUGAUAUUGCUUCUAUAUCUGUUGUGCCCCAGACUACAGGUGGUCGGGUCUACUACUACUAUCCAUUUUCUGCUCUUUCAGAUCCAGCCAAGCUCUUCAACGAUCUUAGAUGGAAUAUCAGUAGACCCCAGGGUUUUGAGGCUGUUAUGCGUGUCAGGUGCAGUCAGGGUCUCCAAGUUCAGGACUAUUUUGGCAAUUUCUGCAAGCGUGUUCCUACGGACAUUGAUCUUCCAGCGAUUGAUUCUGACAAAACUGUGAUGGUGACAUUCAAGCAUGAUGACAAGUUACAAGAAAAUGCGGAAUGUGGCUUCCAGUGUGCGCUUCUCUAUACUACUGUAUAUGGGCAAAGAAGGAUCCGAGUCAUAAACCUCUCACUUUCAUGCACAAGUUUGCUUAGCGACCUUUUCCGGUAUGCUGAUUUGGAGACACAAUUUGCAUGCUUCCUGAAGCAAGCUGCUAAUGGCAUCCCGACAUCUCCACUACCCCGUAUUCGGGAUGAAGCAACAAAUACAUGCAUAAAUAUUCUGCAAUCUUACCGCAAACACUGUGCGUCUGUAACCUCAUCGGGGCAAUUGAUUCUCCCAGAGGCUCUAAAACUGCUGCCGUUGUAUACUUUAGCAUUGGUCAAAAGUGUAGGCUUGAGAACCGAUGGGUGUUUGGAUGAGCGUUCCUAUUGGAUGUCCAUUGUCUCCUCCAUUUCUGUAGUACUAGCUGUUCCGUUGGUCUUCCCUAGAUUGAUUCCUAUCCAUGAUCUCACAUCAAGGGCUGAUGAUGAUACCCUUAUACCCAGUUCCCUUAUGCUAAGUAGUGAAAAUGUACAAGAGGAUGGGGUCUAUUUAUUGGAAAACGGAGAGGAUGGUCUAAUUUAUGUAGGAAAUAUGGUAAAUCCGGCCACACUGGAACAAAUAUUUGGCGUCUCUUCUUUGGCUGCAUUACCAGUCCAGUUGGUAUUGGAGCAAUUUGACAACGAGCUCUCAAGGAAGGUUAACGAAGUUGUAAAUGAAAUAAGACGCCAGAGAUGCUCGUACUUGAGGCUAAGGCUAUGCAGAAGGGGCGAACCAUCUGGCGAUUUCUUCCGAUCAUUUUUGUUAGAGGACAAGGCACCUGGCGUCUUCUCCUAUGUCGAGUUCCUUGUGCACGUGCACAGGCAAAUCCAAAGCAAGAUGACGUGAGGGUCCUGACCCCCACUUGUAGCAUUUUUCGUGAGUAGGCGGCAUUGUAGGUACCAAAAGGAGAUUGAUUUCCGCACAAGGAUACAGCAAAGAAGCGGGCAUUCCAGAUCGCUGGGUGGAGCAUUAAGUUUGCUCGGAGAAUAGAAUUUGCUGGAACUGCAGCCUGCGGUGCUCACAGCACCGUUUUUGGAGUGGGUGGUAUAUGUUGUAUACUUGUAUACAGAGAUCAGAGUUGUGGAGUGCCAAGGCUCUGUUUUUUUUGGGUGUUCUCGUUAGCAAUUAGCAUUGUGCAUCCUCCCUAUUUAUCUCUUGUCCAAAGGGUGGGACGUGCCCUGGUUUAAAGGAAGGUUAUAGAAGUUCAGAAAUAAAACUGUAUAUGAGUCGGAUAUAUAAUAACUUUCAGAGUUUAUGUUCGAGCAGUUGACAGUGUCCA